GAGAAGAAUGAAAUUAUUAUAGCUAGAAAUAUAUUAUGGGAUUUAUCUAACCAGGGAUAAAAUUGACUAACAUUAAAUGCUUUUUCGAUGAAGCUCCAUGCAGCCAUCAGUCCGGGUGUCCAAGCAUGGUGAAGGAGUCAGCCUUAUGGCACAGCUUGUCAGGAUCACAUACAGCCAGACUCACUCAUGGCCAGAGUGAACAAGACUGCAGUGCUGGUGCUGCUCAUCACAGCCAGCUCCAUCUUCCUCCUGUUUCAGCUUUAUUACUACAGACAGCACGCCAACAAGCAUGGACUUCAAGCGCCGAGCGGUAAAGGUUACCCAACAGGGAAAGAGGCGCAAUGGCAUUUAGUGAAAAAGUUUCUGGGCCUGGCCCAUAAGUUCAGCUUGCCUGUGUUUCUGGUGGACACGGCAUCUCUGAGCCUGCUCUCCCAGGAUGCCGUUCUGCUGAAGGACAGCCAGAUGAAGGAGCCUCACUGCACCUUUCUGUGCACGCACAGGGACUUCGUCACUUUCGGCCUGCUUGGAAACCUCUGGAAGUAUGAUGCUGGCCUCCUGGAGGCUGCAGAGGAACGCGGACUGGAGCUGUUGGAGAUCAGAGGUAAAGACCCCAGGCUGGUCAGCAUGGACGACCUGUCAGGCCGUGACAUCCCUCUGCACCUGCUGUUCCGCUUCAACGGCCGUCUGGUGCAUGUGGUUGUGCUGUAUGAACGAAGCGGCAACUACCUGUGGCACGGGCCGCUCAGGCUCCGAGGCAGCAUGGACCGCGCUUUUGCUCCCUUCAGGGACCUGGAGUUCGGCCGCUACGCAGGGGCCUACAACAGGCCAGAUCUUAUUCUGACCACUCUUGAUGGGCUUGACGUGCGGAUCCCCAAAAACUUCUCUCACUUCAAGAACGAACGUUCCAACAGCCACUUCCUGGAGUGCAGAUAUCGAGAGGCUGCGGCCUUUUACCAGCUGUAUCCAGACGAUACGUCACCAGAGGCCAUGGACUUCAGGAUGAAGGCCAAGAGUCUGCUCCACCUCGCUGCUCGAGUUCUCAGUGGGAUCGAGGUUCCGUUCUGGCUGAGCAGUGGUACUUGUCUCGGUUGGUUCCGGCAGUGUAACAUCAUUCCCUACAGUAAAGAUGUGGACCUGGGCAUCUGGAUCAAAGAUUACAGGCAUGACAUCACACAGGCAUUUCAGAAGGCUGGACUCUCCCUCAAACAUAAGUUUGGAAAGAUAGAGGACAGUCUUGAGCUCUCCUUCCAAGGCCUGGAUGUAAAAUUGGACAUCUUUUUUUUCUACGAGGACGGUGACAUCGUUUGGAACGGAGGCACACAGGCGAAGAGCGGCAAGAAAUUCAAGUACGUCUUCCCUCGGUUCAGCCUGUGCUGGACAGAGCUGCUGGAGUUGAGGGUCCGAGUGCCCUGCGAGACUCUGGACUACGUGACUGCAAACUACGGGCCAGAAUGGAACAUUCCGGUCAAGGCCUGGGACUGGAAGAGCUCGCCACCCAACGUGCAGGAGAACGGCGUGUGGCCCAUCAAGGAGUGGGACGAUGUUAUCCAGGUCAACUGAGGCGGGUGGGAACUACUGUAAAGAAUCAAGAAUAGUGCGUAGUGUAGAAAUGCCACACCAGUACAGAUACAUGGAUGCCAUAAAACAUGGUUUCCAAAUGCAGCGCAUCAAUCUGAAAUACACUAAAAGUGAGGUACAUGCUAGGAGGUAACCAGAGAAGACUGUAUUUCCACACUGUAUUUUUUUUUUUUUUUUUUUUUUUUAAACUCCUGAUAAUAACUGAAUAAUUUAAACCUUAAUGCAGGUGCUGUGGUUUUUCUGUGAAAAUGUGAAGUUGUAAGCAGAUACCUUGAUCUACUGAAAACUGUCAUGGCUUGUAUUACUAUUCUGAGUUUUCUGUAAUCUUCCACCUUCGAUCUGAAACGCUAAAAUUGUGAUUUUUUUUUUUCCUUUCUCUAAAUAAAACAGCCGCACCUCAACCUAAACUGUAGCCCAUGUCCUUUUUAAUUCCCCCAUGGAAAACGUCAUGUUAUACAAACAUUGAAUCAAGAAAUAGGAUAUUAUAUAAGGAGUUAAACAAAAAAAAU